CGAAAACAUAAACCCUAUAAAUAGAGCAUCAUUGAUGCUGAGAACAAUCAGUUAAAUAUUUGAACCCUUUUACUUUAGUACUGAUCGUCUCAGUCCACCGCAAUCAUGAAAACUGUAUGUGUCCUUUUGAGCUUAAUUGUCGUGGCGACCACGCAAGAUUUGACUUUCCCCAAUCAAGUCGUGCCCAGAAGAUUCAUCCCGAUCGUUGAACACACGGAAUCUAGGAACCCAGAUGGCAGCUUCAACCUCCGCUACGAGACGGCCAACGGUAUCGCCCAGCAGGAACACAGCGAAGUGACGGUGGACCACAGAGGCCAGCCUUCGGUGAGGAAGACCGGAAGUUACGGGUACACGGCCCCGGACGGAACCCCGGUCUCCAUCUCCUACAUCGCCGACGAGCACGGAUUCCGAGUCGCCGGAAAUCCUCUCCCCGUAGCCGCUCAGCCAGCCGCCCCCGCACUCCCCCUCCCAGCCUUCCUCUAAAUCCACUGACUUCCACCCCCAGAAUGUAAGAAAUAAAACCGAAAAAAAAAUAUAAAACGAACAAAACAUCGGAAAACCUU